AUGACCUACAAUCAUCCUUCGAAUGCAGACUUGGAGCGUUAUCGGCAACCCGAAGAGGGAUUGGAUCAAUGGAGAGUGAAAAAGGCUUUCCUCGAGAAGAAUUGGGAUGAGUUUCCCAUGGAACGUCGCCCGAGACUGAUAGCCUUGAUGCACUGUUUUCACAACAUUCACGUAUGGGGAUGCUCAUAUCCUCUCGCGGUGAUGCAGGAGGUGCAACGACUCUCUGGAGGUCUGAUGACCACAAAACCCAAGGCCUCUAGGAAGCCCGAUUUUGUGAAAAUUAACUUCGUCGCCGCCACCCCGACUUUAAAUAGAUUCCAAAUCUUAAAUGAGGAAGAAAAAAGGGAGGUGGGGCAGGCAAAGCUGUCGGAAAAUGAGGGCAAGGAUAAGAACGAUGUUUCGAAAGCUUCCAAAAGGGAACGGAAGCGAAAGAAGAAGAAGAAGCAGGCUCCUGAACCUACUGAUUGUGAGAUGGAAGUGGUCGAGACUGCGGAUGAUAUUGCUGAAAUCGAUCAACCCAGGUGUGGUCUAGGAUUCAGCCGCAGCUUGACAACGAACAGCUCCACCGAGAGCGAUCCAAAACACGAAGGAGGCUUCGUGUUCGGCAAGAAAGACGAUUACAUAAAGAAACUCGGCUUCGUGAAGGCGACCGAGGCCAACGAGGGGUUCCAGUUUGGCAAGCCCGUCCUAACGAAUCAACUACCUGUUCUCGAAACGGGAGUUUUCCAAUUCGGGGUGGAUAAGAGCAGCGCAAACAAGCAAAGUUCCACCGAGGAGUUCUCAUUCGGUAAUGUUCGCACUGAGAGGCUGAAAUCUUCGGAGGAUCUCCGACAGAAAUUCGAAGACGCUUCGCUACAAGAAGCGACCAGUGAACCCACGGAGAAUCAUUCAGACUCAAAAGCUGUUAAUGGAACGGAUCAGUUCAAAAUCCUCGCGGCUCUAGAGGCGGCUAGAAGUGCCCUGAGGAAAGUCAGGCCCCCACUGGCCCAAUCUCGAGUCGAGUUCUUCAUGCUCCAAGUCAACUUAGUCACGCAGGGUGAAAUAAAGGUCUCCAGCGAUGCCGCCGGCCAAACGACACUGACGUACCAAGGGGCUCUCGUUGCCAGCGGUCCGAGCGAACCCGCGGCCUACGAGGAUUUCCGGGGGAAAAUCCUGAGUUCUGAGCCCUGGCAGGUUUCGUCGCGAGGACCACAUCUCAUCCUCGAAUCUGGGGUCCCGGAAGUGUCGCCGACUCCAGCGAAACGAAAGCCCAGGGCCAAGGCGUUUUUCGAUGGAGCUGCAUCCUCUGGAAGGACAUCCUUUCCGGGGGAUGGGUUUAAAAAUCCCGCGCUUCCGUCAACGGGAGAUUCUUUGGGUAGCCCCGCGAAUCUGUCCACUGGAGAGAAGUCUCUAUCAGCCGAAAUUCCUGCGAAUACCACAUCCAACGCCAACUCCAAAAACGCACAGAGCAGACCGCUGACCAGAGUCGCGCAAUCGGAGAUUCUACGCAAUCUGGACACGGUCCGCAAACUUUUCUGGAACUCGAAUUUCAUGACAAAAAUCGAUAUGCUCGGCGGUUUUGAAAAGGAUCCAUUCGUGGCUCUCAACAUGGCAUUCCAGAUGGCGGUUCUAAAACCUGUCCGGGAAGCUGAAGUCGCGACGUCAUCAUGUAAAUUUCAUAUCUCAUCUUCCGGGGAUCAGAAGAGUUGUAUCUUAAGAGUUCACGGCGUCGUCGUGACGGAAACCUCCGCGAAAUCGAGAGGGGACGCGAGGAAGUUGGCCGCGCUGCAUUUUCUGAAUCUCUUGCGCUCGAGGGCACAGUUAAGAAUCGCUUUCGAGAACGGGGAGCACCGAUUGCUCAGUCACGGAAAUCCGGGGCCGGAUCUCAAUCCAAAACUACAAAGGAACGUUCAAGCACGAAGCAACACCCUGAUGUCGUCGAAGCCUUGCGGAUUGGAGGGUUUGUUCCUGGUGAAGUCUGCGCAAUGUAAUUCGGAUCUGCGCGCCAUCCUCGACAGAUCGUCCCACGCUAACGAUAUCCCACCCCCGGUUUUCACUCAUACCCUCGAAGGGAAGGAAGAAGUGUGCCGUCUGAGCCUGUGCGGAGGCAAACUGGAGUUCGAAGGCCGAGGGGACACGAAAGCCGGGUCCAGGGACAGGGCUAUGCAUACGGCGCUGAAGACCUUGAUCGCGAGUUGUCCAACGAUCCUCGUGGGUUCCAUGGCGGCCGACACAAAUGAGUUCUCGAGGGAGACGAUGCCGUUGGGGACCAACACUAAAAGUGUGGCUGACGGCCUCAAUCGGAGGCUCACCCAGGACAAUGUGGGCUUCCAACUUCUGGAAAGGAUGGGCUGGAGUGGAGGGAGUUUAGGCGGCGGGGGAGGACUGAUAGAGCCCAUCAUGCUCCAAGACCACUCCGGGAACCGUGGUUUGGGUUAUUCCAAAGCAGAGGGACCCGGGAAGCGCUUCAGAGCUAAUAUAUAUGCGAGACUGCGGGAAUUCCUGAGAGAAACCGAUGUCUUUCAAGAACUGAAAUUCAGUCCAACGUUCAGUAAUGACGAACGCAAGCAGAUUCAUACAAUCGCCCGAGAGUUAGGGCUCAGGAGCAAAAGCACCGAUCGACCCGAGGGUCGUGUACUCUGCGUCUCUCACAACAUUGAUUGGAGAAAGAUUUUUGAAAGUCUGAUGCAGCGGGGCGGCAAAAUCGGGAAAUUCCAACUCCUUCCACCCGGAUCGUGGUCUGUCCCGGAUCCGUCGAGGAAUUCUCAGUGA